AUGGCACUGGGUUUCCUUCAACACCUGUGCCGGCCUUGGGACCUUCGAGCAGAGCACGGUUCACCGUACGCAGGUAACGCAUGGCAAGAUGCGUGUGCGCUCUGCCUGAACUUGAGCACGCCCAGCUCGGACGUCGUGUCGGACAAUCGGAUCAAUGUGCUAGCAGCGGGUACGAACACAGUCAUUUGGUACAAGGAGGUGUUCUUGACAGAGCAUGAGAUUGUGGAGCAUGUCGUGGAUAAUGCGACGUCACGUCUGCUCUGGACAAUUCACAAGCCCUUGCGGGGAUGGUACAUCCGAUUGCGCGCCCCCAACUUCCCAUCAAACUCGCCAGGCAUCGCACUGGAGCCCCUAUCAUCAGUUUCACCCUUGCACGUUCCCGCAGCACUAUACCUCAUGUGCAAGACGCUCGCCCCAUCUGCGCCAGUAGCGUCACCAUCUGCGCCCGACUCUCACACAUACCCGCCACCACCAACACCGCCUGCUGUGGUCGUCUCCCCGCCAUCACCAUCAUCCGUGCACGCGAAACUGGCAGAACUGGAGUCGCCGGCAUUACGCACCCGUACUAGCUCCUUCGUGCUCAGUCCACAUGUGCACGCCAUCCCGCACAAGCAGGAAGGAAUAUUUGCUCGCAUGGCCCGUGCUAUCAGCACGAAUGCACCAACGGUCAACAACUCGUUCUCGCUCUCGCCGGUCAUACCGCCGGCAACAACGGUUUCAGCACCAAUCACACCCACACCGAAUAGCGCGGCGCCCAUGCGAAGACCGCUACCCCCUGAUCUGGCCGCGGGUACACUUGGCGAACCUUUGGUCGUGUAUAGGGAUACGACGCCCGUAUGGACGAUGAAUGCAAGUUCUAGCGAAUUGGAGUUGGAUCUUGCACAGAUCAGCACGCGGGGUGUGGAUGUCGUAUUCUGGGUUGCAGCUGCGCUGGCCUACACCGAGUUUCUUGGUGAUCGCGAGGGUUAUCUGGCCGCUGCAUCGGACUGA